AUUCCGAUGUAUGCGCUGCGCAGCCAUACCAACAAGCUCGAGUUAUUAGAUAAUGGAAGAAUUGGUUACAAAUUACUCUAAUUUAUUUUAUUUACCCAAUUCUCAGUUAUAAAAUAACUCUACGGUUUAAUAAUUCCUCGUAAAAACCAAACUUUCAACCAUCUGUGUCGAAGUUCGCGAUGUGUAUGAGAUCGGAAUCUCCGCGUUGUUGAUAUUUUCAAUGAAUUAUUUUGGAAUCUAUUGCAUAAACAAUCAUGGAUAUUGAAGACGCCGAUACCUCCGAUUCCGGGCCAGUUCCCAGUUUAUAUUCGUUCACUAGUCCCACCAUUAAAAAGCUUCUAGGCUGGAAGCAAGGCGACGAAGAAGAAAAAUGGGCAGAAAAGGCUGUCGAAUCUUUGUUCAAGAAGUUGAAAAAACAAAACAAAAAAGCUUAUCAAGACUUGAUAAAAGCGUUGAAUUUCCCCGGACAGCCCAGUGAAUGUGUUACGAUACCUAGAAGUUUAGAUGGAAGAUUACAGGUAUCUCAUAGAAAAGCACUCCCACACGUGAUCUAUUGUCGAGUUUGGAGGUGGCCUGAUCUACAAUCUCAUCAUGAACUUAAAGCGGAAGAUCAUUGCAAAUAUCCAUUCUCAGCCAAAGAGAAGGAAGUUUGCAUCAAUCCAUACCAUUAUAAAAGGGUUGAAAGCCCAGGUACAUUGUUACCACCAGUGCUUGUUCCUAGACAUAGCGAAUUUGCUCCCAAUCAUACCUUAUUGCAAUACCAACAACAACGUCAACAGCAAAUGUCGAUGAAUUGUUUAGCUGAAAGUCCACCUCCAUCGUUCUCGCCUAAUGAUGACAAAAGCAGCGUAUCAUCUCUUGGGGCUGACGUCACUGAAGUACCAUAUCAAGAACCUCCUUUCUGGGCAACUAUCGCAUAUUACGAAUUGAACUGUAAAGUCGGUGAAGUAUUUCCAUGUCAUUCGCAAACGGUCAUCGUCGAUGGGUUUACUAAUCCUACCGGCAGUAAAUUGAAUAGGUUUUGCCUAGGUCAGUUAUCCAAUGUGAAUCGUAAUUCAACUAUCGAAAAUACUCGUCGACAUAUUGGAAGAGGAGUACAAUUGUACUUCGUGGGAGGCGAAGUGUUCGCGGAAUGUUUAUCAGAUGCUGCGAUAUUCGUGCAAUCGCGACAUUUCAACUAUCAUCAUGGAUUCCAUCCCUCAACCGUUUGCAAAAUACCUCCUGGUAAUUCGCUGAAAAUAUUCAAUAACAAGGAAUUCGCUGAUUUACUUACACAGUCUGCCAAUAAUGGAUUCGAAGCGGUUUACGAACUCACAAAAAUGUGCACUAUCAGGUUGUCUUUCGUUAAAGGUUGGGGAGCUGAUUAUCACAGACAAGAUGUCACUUCUACUCCUUGUUGGAUUGAAAUUCAUUUACAUGGUGCUUUGCAGUGGUUGGAUAAGGUUUUAAUUCAAAUGGGAUCUCCGAAUAAUCCGAUUUCUUCUGUAUCAUAAUAUUAACGGAUAGUUCGAUAGUAUUUUGAGGUUAAUGACACGAUGUUAUGUAUGUUAAAGUGUUUGCUCGUAGGUAUCGAAACUCCAACUCAAUUCUGUUGAAAUAUCGAGUGGGUCUAUUGAUACAAACAGAAACGGUUUAUUGAAGUACGAAAGGUGUCUUUAUUGAAAAAUAUGUUCGUCGAGGACCAUUUUUUACAACACGUGUUGAUUUUCUUCGAGUUCGAUAAACCCUAAAUUUUGACUUUACCUAAGGUAAUGAGGAAAUGAACUGGGCUCUUUGGCUAUUGAACUUGAAGAAAAUCAGUACGUGAUGUUGUAGUGUGAUAUCUUCGGUUAUUGAAAAAAUCCCUUACCUGAACACAUUGAAAACUCAAGUUGAAUUUUACAAAAACUACUAACUAAAAAGUGCCUGUUUGAUUUACCUACAAUGAUAUCACUUCAUCUUGAAUAAUUUUCUUGAUCGUAUUCGUAUUAAGCGAUUUUUUUUGUUCUUCAAAAUCAGGUAGUUUACAUAUCAAAAAUUAUUACAGUAUCGCUAUAAAAGUCCUCCAAUUUUACCUUCUUCUCCGCUCGUGAGUAACUUUACUCAUUAUUAAAACUUAAUUGAAAACAUAAUCGAGUGUUUUAAAACGAAACCGAGUUUCUUUUAUUUUCCAAUCUUAAUUUAUUUAUAUUUAUUAGGGCUUUAUUUAUACUUUCAUUUACUACUCGUAAAUAGGGUAACUAUGCUUCUUUUUUAUGUACAUAAUUAGACAUUCGAUAUCUUCUGUUGGAUCUUUAUUUAAGGUAUUUUUUUUCUUAUCAUUUGUCUCAGUUUAUUAGAUUUUUACGAAACUGUCGAACAAUAUUUUACGUGAUUUGCUUUAUUUUUUGUUUGUCGUGAAUGACGAUUAUAUCGACUUGAAUCUUAAUAUUACCGUUUUGUCAUUCGCGAUAGUGAAUUGGUUGUGAAUUGCAUUAAAAAAAUAACAAAAAAUCAUGUGAUUUAAAUGAUACAAGAAUUUCUUGCAGUAAAAUAGUUACUUAUAAAAUUUUUAAUUCGAGUUUUCUGCCAACGAUAUAGUAUUCGUGAGAAAUGACGAUGAUUUUUUUUCUAUUGUUUUACUUAGGUAAUAUGUACUAUAAUGACAUAUGUACUUAAUAUGUAAAUCGCAUAUUUUAGGAAAAUGAAAAUAUAUCUUAUUUUUCGUUUUCAA